UCCAGCCGCCAUAUCCCGCAGCAGCUGUCAGACUGAUCAGUCGCAGCCACAGCUGGUAGCUGUCAAAGCUCGCAGCCACUGCCGCCACCGCCGCCACCGCCGCCACCGCCGCCACCGCCGGCAGCAGCAGCCGUCUUCAGGGAAAAGCCGGCGAAGACCGGGAGAAAACUCCGCUAUGACCACCCAAGCCGGGCGGGAGUCAACUCCGCUGCGGUUGCCGCCGGAGAGGCACGCCCACCGCAUCCCCGCCACGUUCACCGUGCAGCCGGCUCCUGCGAAAUGGUAUGAUCGACGAGACUUUGUCUUCGUUGAGUUUUGCGUUGAGGAUAGUAAGGAUGUGAAUGUACUAUUUGAAAGCUCUAAACUGAUAUUCAGCUGUGUUGGAGGGAAUGAUAAUCGUAAGCGUGCCAAUGAAAUUGAGCUUUUUCGCAGUAUUGACCCACAUGGUUCCAAGCAUAAGAGAACCGACAGGUCAAUUUGCUGUUAUUUGCGAAAAAGAGAGUCUGGCUUGCCCUGGCCAAGGCUAGCGAAAGAAAGGGCCAAGCUUAACUGGCUUAGUCUGGACUUCAGUAAUUGGAAAGAUUGGGAAGAGGAUUCGGAUGAAGAUCUGCCUAGUUUUGAGCGUUUCUCUGAAAUGAUGAAUAGCCUGGCUGGUGAGGAAGAUAUGGAUUUACCAGACGUAUAUGAAACAGAUGAUGAUAUGGAAGAAAGUGAUGAUGAAGACGCACCUGAUCUGGAGUGAGGAAUAUUGUCAUCACCUGAAUUUGAGAAAGAAAAAAUUACUUUUCUGCAAGAUUCAAUAACUGAGAGAAUUCCUGAGUUGGUAGCUCUAAAGGCAUAUGCUGUAUUUGUCUCCUUACCCGAUGUAUUCAACCUGUUUGCUUUUUACAACGCUUCACUAAGGGUUGAUGUCUACUAUUGUAUGGGGACAGUUUUAAUCCACUAAGGCAAUAGCCUUCCUUAUGCAUGAACAUUUCCCAGAUUUCUCUGACACUGCUGAAGUCCUUGGCAAUUGAUGUAGUAGUUGUGACUAAUAAAACACUUCAAAUUUACUACAUAAAUGGAUAAAGGACACGAUAAGAAGCUCUUUAGGACAGAAACCUGAUUUCAAGACAUGGACUCAAAAUGACUGAAACAAGUUGGUUGAUUCCUUAAGCUGAUAACCUGUUGUUUCUAUCUUUCAGGAUUGUUUCACUGAAGUGUUACUUAAAAAUUCAUUUCACAUUAUUGCAUAUAAAUAAUAUCUUUUCAAUGUUCCAGAUGUACCUCUGUGAAAACUAGUGAAUUUCCUGCUUACAUGGUUUUUGAAGCUUGUACAUUUGCUACUGCUUGAGCCUUAAACUUUUACAUUUGUUAGUAUGGAGGAUAAAGAACGACUGUACACUGUUGAUUGAGAGUCUGUAUAAUUAGACCAAAUUUGUAUUUGCACUGUCAGUAUGGAAAAAAGUGAAAAAAUGUUAACACACUAUUGUAUUUCUUAUUUCUCUUUGUUUAUUAAGCUUAUGCCAGAGUUGAAAACCUCAGUUUAUAUUCAUGAUAGUGUGGAAUUUUAAAAAAAUCUACAUUUUCUAUUAAACUGUUGCAAGAUCAAAGGAAGCAGUGGAAGAGCAAGAUAGAAAAGAAAGAUACAGAGAUAGAGUCAGAGAGAUGCAGGGAAACACACAAAAAGAAAGAGAGAGAGAGACAAAAGCAGAAACAUAGAAUCUCACAAAGAAAGAGACAGAAAGGGUAAGAUAGGGAACAAAGAAGGAAAGAAAAAAGAAAAAUGAAAGAAAGAAAGGGAAGUACGGAAGGAAAUAGCACAAGGAAAUAGAUAAAGAGAGGAGACUGAAAGACACAGAAGACACAGAGAGAUAUAAAGUGAAGAAAAGGGAGACACUGAGAAAGAAAGACAGACACAUAGGGAAAGAGAAAAGAGACUAAGAUACUCAGAGAACAGAGAGAAGGUCAUAGAUGGAUUGAGGGAGACAGAGAUGGACAGAGACAAAGAGAGGGAGAUGACUGUGAAUGGGAGGUUUUUAUUUCUCCCUUUUCUACUUCAUUGUUUUCAUACACAAAUGUCAUUAUUUCUCUGUAGUGAUUUUGUAAACUGUCCACUUCACUGUGCAAGUUUAUUGUUACUAGGAUUUUUUGGAUAGAAUUCUUAUGGUUUUCUAAAUAUCUGUGUUAUCUCCAAAAAGUCAAGUAUUUGAAAAUUAGCUUAAAAGCAUAUAAAAUAAAAAUACUAUAAAAAUAAAGAAGACACAAGGAA